AGACCGCGAGCGAGAGCGCCCCCGAGCAGCGCCCGCGCCCUCCGCGCCUUCUCCGCCGGGACCUCGAGCGAAAGACGCCCGCCCGCCGCCCAGCCCUCGCCUCCCUGCCCACCGGGCCCACCGCGCCGCCACCCCGACCCCGCUGCGCACGGCCUGUCCGCUGCACACCAGCUUGUUGGCGUCUUCGUCGCCGCGCUCGCCCCGGGCUACUCCUGCGCGCCACAAUGAGCUCCCGCAUCGCCAGGGCGCUCGCCUUAGUCGUCACCCUUCUCCACUUGACCAGGCUGGCGCUCUCCACCUGCCCCGCUGCCUGCCACUGCCCCCUGGAGGCGCCCAAGUGCGCGCCGGGAGUCGGGCUGGUCCGGGACGGCUGCGGCUGCUGUAAGGUCUGCGCCAAGCAGCUCAACGAGGACUGCAGCAAAACGCAGCCCUGCGACCACACCAAGGGGCUGGAAUGCAACUUCGGCGCCAGCUCCACCGCUCUGAAGGGGAUCUGCAGAGCUCAGUCAGAGGGCAGACCCUGUGAAUAUAACUCCAGAAUCUACCAAAACGGGGAAAGUUUCCAGCCCAACUGUAAACAUCAGUGCACAUGUAUUGAUGGCGCCGUGGGCUGCAUUCCUCUGUGUCCCCAAGAACUAUCUCUCCCCAACUUGGGCUGUCCCAACCCUCGGCUGGUCAAAGUUAGCGGGCAGUGCUGCGAGGAGUGGGUCUGUGACGAGGAUAGUAUCAAGGACCCCAUGGAGGACCAGGACGGCCUCCUUGGCAAGGAGCUGGGAUUCGAUGCCUCCGAGGUGGAGUUGACGAGAAACAACGAAUUGAUUGCAGUUGGAAAAGGCAGCUCACUGAAGCGGCUCCCUGUUUUUGGAAUGGAGCCUCGCAUCCUAUACAACCCUUUACAAGGCCAGAAAUGUAUUGUUCAAACAACUUCAUGGUCCCAGUGCUCAAAGACCUGUGGAACUGGUAUCUCCACACGAGUUACCAAUGACAACCCUGAGUGCCGCCUUGUGAAAGAAACCCGGAUUUGUGAGGUGCGGCCUUGUGGACAGCCAGUGUACAGCAGCCUGAAAAAGGGCAAGAAAUGCAGCAAGACCAAGAAAUCCCCCGAACCAGUCAGGUUUACUUACGCUGGAUGUUUGAGUGUGAAGAAAUACCGGCCCAAGUACUGCGGUUCCUGCGUGGACGGCCGAUGCUGCACGCCCCAGCUGACCAGGACUGUGAAGAUGCGGUUCCGCUGCGAAGAUGGGGAGACAUUUUCCAAGAACGUCAUGAUGAUCCAGUCCUGCAAAUGCAACUACAACUGCCCGCAUGCCAAUGAAGCAGCGUUUCCCUUCUACAGGCUGUUCAAUGACAUUCACAAAUUUAGGGACUAAAUGCUACCUGGGUUUUCAGGGCACACCUAGACAAACAAGGGAGAAGAGUGUCAGAAUCAGAAUCAUGGAGAAAAUGGGCGGGGGUGGUGUGGGUGAUGGGACUCAUUGUAGAAAGGAAGCCUUGCUCAUUCUUGAGGAGCAUUAAGGUAUUUCGAAACUGCCAAGGUUGCUGGUGCGGAUGGACACUAAUGCAGCCACGAUUGGAGAAUACUUUGCUUCAUAGUAUUGGAGCACAUGUUACUGCUUCAUUUUGGAGCUUGUGGAGUUGAUGACUUUCUGUUUUCUGUUUGUAAAUUAUUUGCUAAGCAUAUUUUCUCUAGGCUUUUUUCCUUUUGGGGUUCUACAGUCGUAAAAGAGAUAAUAAGAUUAGUUGGACAGUUUAAAGCUUUUAUUCGUCCUUUGACAAAAGUAAAUGGGAGGGCAUUCCAUCCCUUCCUGAAGGGGGACACUCCAUGAGUGUCUGUGAGAGGCAGCUAUCUGCACUCUAAACUGCAAACAGAAAUCAGGUGUUUUAAGACUGAAUGUUUUAUUUAUCAAAAUGUAGCUUUUGGGGAGGGAGGGGAAAUGUAAUACUGGAAUAAUUUGUAAAUGAUUUUAAUUUUAUAUUCAGUGAAAAGAUUUUAUUUAUGGAAUUAACCAUUUAAUAAAGAAAUAUUUACCUAA